AUGGCACAACGAGUUCUUGUCCUUAGUGCCUCAGCAAAAUCCCUCCCCACAGACAUGCCGGUCGCCGUCUGCAUGUUAGAGCAGAGCGAGAGCAGCAACUCGUCCGAAUCUGGUACCAAUGAUGAGUAUCUUGGAAGACACCCCAGCAAGGCGACAGUUUACCGAGAAACUCUAGGCCCGAAUCGUCUUCUCCGACCCAGGCAAUUGGUCGGGAACAUUAAUUUCGGGCCUACACGAAUCGACUUCUCCACUGAUCCUCAGAGUGACAACUCGAUGGAACUGUAG